AUGACCAAGCAUGAAUCCAGAUGUUUUGAUAUUCUGCUCUCUGUUUUCUUAGCUCUCCCUGAAACUACACUGACCGUAAAUCCAGACCCUGCAUACAAUGGAGAGACAGUAACUCUGACGUGUUCAGUGGGAUCUGACAGUGGCUGGAGCUUUACAUGGUACAAAGACAACAGUGAGAAAGUAGUGACCUUGCCUGGCAGACACACUACAACAGGAGCCACCUUCACCAUCAGUAGAGUUGCUGAGUCUGACCAGGGUCUCUACUGGUGUCAGGGAGAGAUCCAGUCCAGAUCCAUAUCAUCAAUCAUCAGUGAUCCUGUCACUAUCACUGUGAAAGAUAAACCCCAAGCUGUCCUGAGUGUCUCUCCUCAGUGGCUGAACCCUGGAGACUCAGUUACUCUGAGCUGUGGGGUUAAAGAGUCAUCUACAGGCUGGAGGUUCUUCUGGUACCGAACUGUUCCCUACACAGCUGGGUUACUCUCCCUAUCGGACACGUCCUACUCUGUAGAGCCUCUAUCUGGCAGUGGGACUAGUGAAGACUCCUACACUCUGAUCCCUGCUGGUCCAAGUCACACAGGAGGAUAUGUGUGUAGAGCUGGGAGAGGAGACCCAGUCUAUGACACACUCUACAGUGAACCUCAGUUUCUCUGGUCAGGAGAUCCGCAACAUUCAGUGUAUCUCAAAAUAAGACCUAACAGAACUCAACACUUUACAUCAACGUCUCUCUCACUAAGCUGUGAGGAGAAGAGGAACUCUACUGGAUGCAGACUGAAGAGAUACAGAGAGAAAGCAGGGGAGUCAGGGUGUGUCUCUAACUGGGGAUCAAGAGCAGGGUCCACAUGUACCAUCAGGUUCCCAUACACAGGGGACAGUGGAGUGUACUGGUGUGAGUCUGGAUCAGGAGAGUACAGUAAUGCUGUCAACAUCACAGUGGAUGUUGGCCCUCUGAUCCUGGAGAGCCCUCCCUAUCCCAUAACUGAGGGAGAAUCUAUGACUCUCAGCUGUACAAAUAGAUAUCAGGAAACAAACCCGGACACCAAGGUUGAUUUCAACAAAGAUGGAGUAUUCAUCAGGAUUGAGACCAAAGGAGAGAUGACCAUCCCUGCAGUUUCCAAGUCAGAUGAAGGCUUCUAUAAGUGUAAAUCUAAUGAAGGAGAAUCACCAGAGAGCUGGGUGACAGUGAGAGGCGUAACUCCUGGACCCUCUACAUCAGUCCUAGUAGGAGUGGUUGUGGGCCUGGUUGUUGCUGGUGUUCUACUGGCCAUUCUCCUGGUACUGCUGUGUCGAUAUAAAAAUGCCGGAGGCCCCCCCAGCCCAAGCACCAACCUGGACCCCCAACAGGACCAAGGAUCUACCCAGGGCCAGGCUCCUGAUGCUGGGUAUACACGUCUGAAGCAUGAAAUGACAGCUGAUCCAAAAGAAAAUCCAGUCUAUUCUGAGGUCCAGACAGAGAAGACCACAGCAGCAACUGAACCUGUUGAUGUGACCUAUGCUGAUGUUGACCUUAAACAGAAGGCCAAAGCCAAGAAGAAGAAAGGUAGGACGGUGACCCGUCCCUGCAGGUUCAUUCUCUACAACAUCGCAGAAAACAUCAACCCCACCUGA